AUGGAGCCAAUCCGUCCACCACAGACCAUCGCCAUCGCAGGUGCUGGCAUCGCAGGCAUCGCAUGUGCACUAGCUCUGUCCCGCGAGCUGUCUCCAUUCGUACCGGGGUUGAAAAUUACCAUCUACGAACGCCAUGAUGUCCUAUCGACCUCCGGUGGUGCCAUCAACCUGACUCCCGUCGCCCAAAGACACCUAGCACAACUCGGUGUACUACAUGAAUUGGACCGUAUGGGACCGGAAGGAGGAGCCGAUGUCGAUGCGAUCCAGCUUUUCUCCAUGCGUACCGCCCGUCCGAUCGGUUCCAUCAACUUCACAGACAGCAAUGGCAAAGGGUUUGGUGGAUAUAAGGGUAGGAGAGUGAUGCGAAUCUCUCUCUCUAUGGCCCUAUUGGCCGUGGCGGAGCGGACUCCCAACGUUGAAAUUGUCUUCGGCAAGAAAGUCGUCGGUGGAGAGGAAUUCGCCGAUAGAGCCGUCUUGCAUUUCGAGGACAGCACCGAGGUCUCGGCGGACUUGCUUAUCGCCUGUGACGGUGUCCACUCCGCGGUCCGGACACACUUCGUGGACGUUGGUCGUCCCGCCGAAUACACCGGACUGUCUUUCUUACAGGCUACGAUUGAUUCAGACACACUGUCCGCGCCUGCUCACUUCAAGUCAUCCUCGCUCAACAUCUCCCGCCACGGCUCGAUUCUCGCAAGUUACUGUGAUCGUGAUCACGACCAGCUCUUCGCCGCGGCCAUUGUGCAAUUCAGCCAGGAUGCCCUGCGCCACUAUCGCCUACGACAAGGCCAGGAUUGGGCCACCCAGCACAGAAUCCGCUGCGCUCUCCGCCAAGAGAUCAGAGACCGCUUCGGCAAAUGUGUCAUUCCUUGCAUCAAAGAGAUCGUGGAGAGCAAAGCAGACUGGAUGCUUUAUCCCGUAUAUCAGGUUCCUCCCGGCGGACGCUGGUGCUUGAACCGAGUCAUCUUGUUAGGCGAUGCCGCACACGCAAUGCCCCCACGUGACGAGUCCGCUGCAUACGCCCUGGACGAUGCAAUUCUGUUUGCUCGCAUUCUCGCACACUACCGCUCAGAGCCUCUAUCAGAGACCUUCGAUGCCUACGAGUCCGUCCGUCGUGACACAAUCAACCACGCCUUCAAAGAAUCCCGCCGUAUGUGGGAGCGCAACCGCGAGAUGGGCUUACUUGAAGGCCGAUUGAAAGAGUGGAUGAUGACCUUCCAUCUCAAAGCCCGCGAAAGCGAACGCGAGGCUGCGUGGGAGUUCGACGCAGCCAAGAUUGCUCUCCCCACGCCAGCACCGAGUGAAGACGUGGUCUCUUUGAAUUCCUUCUUACGUGAUCGUACACUGUGA